AUCACCAUCCUCGAUUUUCUGAAAGCAAUUAUUGUGGCGCCAAUUCUCAAUUUCUCCUCACUCCAUUGGUCUUGAAGCUUCAUCGCUACGUUUUUCCUUCGCCGUCGAAUUUGGUUCUGUUCCUUCAACAUCUUUUACGGUUUUGUUCUUAUGCGAUAUGGCGUUACUUUUGAUGCUGAUUUUUAUUGAAAUUUCAUAGAGACUAUAAAAUGUGGUUGAUUCUGCGGAAUUGUUGCGAUUAUUGAUGUGGAUUUCUUUUUCUUCAGAGCUUCUUUGUUAUUUCUCGUUGACUAGAUCGAUUCUGAUUUUGAUUUUUUGAAGUAUAUAUGGACUCUGCAGGAGGUCUGAGUUUGUACCCGUCGCACCGUUGUAAGACUAUUCACCUGGUGAGGCACGCGCAGGGAACUCAUAAUGUUGCAAUGGAAAAGGAUCGCAGUUUGCUUCAAUCUUAUGAUUAUUUUGAUGCUCAACUUUCCCCUUUAGGAUGGCAACAGGUUGACAAUUUGCGGAAGCAUGUGCAUUCAUGUGGAAUUUCAAAGACAAUCGAAUUAGUCAUCGUCUCCCCGUUGUUAAGGACAAUGCAAACAGCAGUUGGAACCUUUGGUGGUGAUGAGUACAAAGAUGGUAUAAAUGCUCCUCCAUUAAUGGUAGCAAACGUUGGGGGCAGCAACCAUCCUGCAAUUUCAAGCCUUCACUGUCCACCAUUUUUGGCAGUAGAGCUUUGCAGAGAACGUUUGGGUGUUCAUCCAUGUGAUAAGAGGAGAAGCAUUAGCGAGUAUCGGACACUUUUCCCUGCAAUUGAUUUUUCCAUGAUUGAACAUGAUAAUGAUGUCAUGUGGACACCAGACAACAGAGAGACAAAUGACCAGAUUGUAGCAAGGGGACUGAAGUUUCUGAAUUGGCUGUGGACUCGGAAGGAGAAAGAGAUUGCAAUCGUCACCCACAGUGCGUUCUUAUUUGAGCUUAUGAAAUGCUUUGGAAAUGACUGCCAUCCAUCUAUAAAGAGCGAAAUCUGCAAAUAUUUUACAAACUGUGAGCUUCGAUCCAUGGUUAUUGUUGACAAGAGUAUGACAGGUUUGGAUAUCUCAAGGACUAAUUACCCUGGCAAAAUUCCUCGAGGCCUCGAUCUUCCCAGUGACGUUGCCACAGAGAAGCAACCAUAGAGAGGAAUUACAAAUGAUGUUGAAGCUUGAAGAAGAUGAAGCUUGUGAACGCAAGGAAUGUGGUAUUUUUCGAUAUUCUUAAUUCGCUAAUCUUAAUUCAAUUAUAUCAUUUCAUUUUUUGGAGGCUUUUUUUACUUCAAAAUUCAGUUAGGCAUUAUUUAGGCCAUGGCUUCUUGUCUCCAAGACACAUGUUUCUGUCCAUAUUUUCAUUAGUUGUGGGUAUAUGUGCUCUUAAUUUUAUUUAAAGGUAAUAAAGUUUACGUCUUCCAUGUGCAA